AUGAACCAUAGGGAAAGAAUGAUAGCAUUGGAUUUAUUACAAGACCUAUCGAUUCCUAAGCACGAACUGAAUCAAGAAGAAACCAAUCUGAGCGAAUCAACAGAUCAAGAAGAUCGUAAUGAAUUUGAUUUCUUUAAUGGAUCAGAAUAUCAAACUAUCUUAAAACUUCAAACCAAAAGUACAUUAAAUAGAAAAAGAACGAAUUUUAAAUCAUUAGAAGAUAUUCAGUUAGAAGAUAUGAUGAAAGAAAUCAUAGAUGAAAAGAUUCAUCUUAUUAAUCAAAUCGAAACUGAUCAUGCAUUAUUAGAAUGGGUAGAAAAACAUUUCAUGGAUCAUCAGAAUCAUCAAUCUAAUCCGAAAGAUAAAUCUUCGAAAUCGAUGACUCAAACAGACGAAAGUUUAAGUGAAGUGAAUUUAAAAGAAUACAUUGAAUUUUCUAAAGAGAUUUCCAACCAAAAACCGAUUUGUCUAAGUCCAAUCUCAUCUAAAAUCUUACUACACUUAAUCCAAACGUUUUAUCAAACGUUUUAUCAACCGAACCUAUCUUUAUAUUUAUUUAAUUAUAUUCGAAAUCAUUCGAAUCCGAUGAUCAAAUAUUUAGGAUUAAGUUCCGAAAUUUAUGAAGAGAUUUUAAAACUUCAUUCGAAUGAAACUUAUGAUUUGUUUGAAAUUAAAGAAUUAUUAAUCGAUAUGAAAACUUUAGGUUUAGAAAUUAAUGAUGAAAUUCAAAGUUUGAUUAAACGGAUCAUAGAAUUGAUGAUUAAAGAUGAAAUGAAUGCCGAAAGAAUCGUGAAAUCUGAAUUCGAUUCACGAAGAACUGAUUUAAAUGGAUUGGAACUUGAUGAUCAAAGGAAUGAGUUUAAAAUGAUUCAAAAACGUAAAAGGUUUAAUCAAAUCGAUUUAAAGAAUGUAUCAAUCAUGGAAAACUUAUUAAAUGAAAUCGUCUUAAAUCAAAAGAAAUCAUUUUAA